GUAAAUACCAGCAGCAUUUCCAAGAUGGCAUACGCUCGUUGCAUUGCGGUCGUCGAAGUGCACGCAAGUUUCUUCUCCAAAGUGUGCUUGCCGAUUCAGCUCCGUGGGAACCAACAGCAAUAACACAGGUGGAUCAUAAACACGCUCUGUUUUAUAAUUGCAUUUCAUACUGCAGGCAAUCGCUCCUUUGCUUGCACUUGAAUACUCCGACGUGCAGACUGGUCUAGCAAGUCAACAACAAUGCGAGUAAUGCAAGGCAACCGACGUCAUAUGGCUAGCGGGCUUCGCUCAGAGAAGUCGCUGGCCUGCGUGCAAGCGGUUCCCGUUAGAGGCUCAGCGAGGUCUCUGAAGGCCGCAGCGCGCGCUACCCGGCAAGAGCGUCGCUUUGCUCGGCGCAGUGCGUUCGUGCCCCAGGCGAGCGCAGCGCUGGUGACGAAGGAGCAUGGGCCCGCGCCGGUUCAGCCGCCCUCGGCUCCCGUCAACGUGGAGGCUCAGGUGUCCUCGGUGGCGCCCAACAUCAAGGUGAUCCAGUCCAUCUGCCGCAGCGACCGCCUCAAGUACGAGGUGGAGUACGGCAUGCGGCGCGGCACCACAGACAAUUCCUACCUGGUCACGGCGCCGGGUGCGGUGACGCUGGUGGACGUGCCUUAUGAGGCGUACGCGGAGAACUUCGUGGCUGCACUGGAGAAGCAGACGCCGCUGACGGCGCUGACGCACAUCAUCCUGACGCACCUGGACGCCAAGGCAAUCCCCUCCCUGGAGCUGCUGCUGCAGCGCCGGCUGGCCGCCGGGGCCGGGGCCGCCGGCUCCAGCCCGCUGCAAGUGGUGCUGUCCAACCCCGCGCUGCGCCUGCUGCAGACCACCGUCGGCGAGAAGGCGGACAAGGCCCCGCUGCUGAGCUCCAUCCAGCUGGUGGUGGCGAGGUCGGGGGCGGCGGUGGCGCCGUGCGGCCCGGGCGCAGACGACCAGCUCAAGGUGAUCCUGACGCCCACGCCCCGCUGGCCCGACCUGCUGGUGGUGCACGACCCCCUCAACCGCGUGCUGUUCAGCUCCAAGCUCUUCUCCGCACACGCCGCGCCGCCCGCCGGCGACGCGCUGGACGAGGGCGGCUGGGAGGCCUACGGCGACGACUGGCGCUUCUACUUCGAGUGCAUGCUGGCGCCCUCGGCCCGCCAGGCCGCCGCCGCGCUGGACAAGCUGGACCUGGUGCCGGCCCGCCGCAAGCCCGGCUCCGCACCCCGCGUCAACAAGACCAGCGCGGCGCUGCGCGGCUUCUUCCGCAACCUGCUGGGCCUGAACCGCAACAAGCCCGACAGCCCCGCGCCCGCCGCCGCGCCGGCCGAGGCCUCGGAGCAGCUGCCCGUGAGCGAGCUGCUGCCCAUGCACGGCCCCGUGGUGUCGUCCGCGCUGACGCAGCUGCUGGUGGAGUACCGGCGCUGGGUGGAUGAGCAGCUGGCGGCGGCCGCCACCGCCUGCGCCUCCGUGUUCUACGCCUCCGCCUACGGCAACACCGCGGCUCUGGCGCAGGCCAUCAGCCGCGGCAUCACCAAGGGCGGCGUGGCGGUGAACACGCUCAACCUGGAGCUGUGCACACUGGACGAGGUGGCGGAGGCCACACGCACCUCGCAGGGCUUCGUGCUGGGCAGCCCGACCCUGGGAGGCCACAUGCCCACCCAGGUGUCUGUGGCGAUGGGCACCAUCCUGCGUGAGCCCAAUGCCAAGGCCAUGCCGUGCGGCGUGUUCGGCUCGUUCGGCUGGAGUGGCGAGGCGGUGGACGAGAUGGAGGGCCGCCUGCGCGACGCCGGCUUCGGCUUCGCCUUCGACGCCAUCCGUGUCAAGUUCAAGCCCACUGCCAAGGACCUGCUGAUGUGCGAGGAGAGCGGCCGCGCGCUGGCGCAGUCCAUCAAGAAGAAGCUCAAGAGCCGCGAGACCAACGUGGUGGCGGGCGCCCGCGCGCAGGCGGCCAGCGGACCGCAGCUGGCCAUGGGGCGUGUGGUGGGGUCGCUGAGUGUGCUGACGGCCAAGGACGAGGACGCCACCAGCGCCAUGCUUGCCAGCUGGGUGUCGCAGGCCUCCUUCGACCCGCCCGGCCUGACGGUGGCGGUCAAGAAGGACCGCGCCAUUGAGAAGCUGCUCAUCGUGGGCGGCAAGUUCGCCAUCAGCAUGGUGGCGGAGGGCCGCGACAAGAAGGUCAUGAAGGCGCUCACACGGCCAUUCGGCCCCGGAGAGGACCGCCUGGCGGACUUGGAGACGGAGCCCUCGCCCACGCUGGGCGCGCCGGUGCUCAAGGAGGCCAACAGCAUCCUGGAGUGCAGUGUGGUGUCGCGCAUGGAGGCGGGAGACCACUACAUCGUGUACGCCUCGGUGCUGGAGGGCAAGGUGCUGGAUGAGAACGUGCCCACCGCCGUGCACCACCGCAAGGUCGGCAACCACUACUAAGUAGCCACAGCCGUGUACUAAUCAGCCACAGCCGCGGCCUGUGGCACGCUGUGGAAUUGUGUGCGCCCUGGCGUACGGCAACCAGUUGGAUGUGAGGUUGGCGGGGGGCCCACGGGCGCCCCGGGCGUUUUGAGUGUCGAGAGUUCUGCCCUUCGGAUGUGCAUCCUUCAUCAAUGCAAGACACGGAAUAAAACAGCAGCAACGGCAUUUUGGAGACGUCUUCGCAAGUGAGCUAUACGUCAUGCGUGUUUUGCAAUCGUGGGGGCGCGUGAGAACCCGGAGUCGCCAACAUUUUGCGGCGGUGAGGGCUGACAGGGACGUGGCAGCAUCACAAAGCACUGUUUGGCGGAAGCCGCCGUCAGUUGGGUAGUCAGGGAUACCGUAAGUGCCGCCGCUGAUGCCUAUGUCGGCUGAAGCACUCCGCACGUGACGCGCGCAUACCGGUAUUACAUUAGGAAUAGGAGUCACCAAGGGAGUCACUGGAGUCAGGCCUAGGGCAACGGGUCUGCGAGCCCCCACAUAGCCUGCCCCUAGGACGGCUCGUCAUUAUUGGAGUGAGUGAUGUUCUGUACAGGCUCUGUAACUACGGUAAUGC